AUGGGAAACCUGUCAUUCUUCCCAAGUGGGCUGCUCGGAGACAGACUCGUCCUCAACAACCUCAUAGCGUCUGGAGAGGAUAACGCUGCCGCCACAGAUGCCGUCGAUGCAGAUAUGAGGGAGGCUCUAAGAGGAAUCAACAGAACUAUGGAAAUGAGAAGUCUCGAGGACUAUUUCUAUUUAUAUGAAGGCCAUUGGAACAGCUCAGCCCCUUUAGGCACAGCAAUGGGAGCCCUUUCCAAUGGUUCAUUAGAUCUACAGUUCUCGAUGGAAAGGCUGUCCUCAAGCCCCUACUCUCUGCAUCGCCUACACCCUGUCAACGAUCAACUUCCAUUUCCUCUGGAUCCUGCUUUGGCAGUCAGUAUUGCCGGAUUGGAUCUCGAAGAAUUACAUAGCGAAGGACGGCUCUUUCUUAGUGACCACUCCCCUCAGUUGUUAUUUCCAAAGACCGAACGCUACUCAGCAGCAUGUUCAGCGUACUUCUUCAUCCAUCCAGAUAGCGGCGAACUUUUACCCCUCGCAAUAAAGACAAACACCGACCAUGAUCUGGUGUACACACCACUUGACGCUCCGAGAGAUUGGCUGCUGGCUAAGAUAAUGAUGAACUCUAACGAAGUGGUGUUCAACCAAGUUCAUUAUGUCGCGGCUGCGCACGCUGUGCAAGAAAUUGUGUACCUCGCAGCGCUGAGAACAUUACAUGACAGACAUCCAGCGCUGGGGCUUAUGGAACGCUUCUUCUACAACGGGUACACUACACGUGCGAGGCCAACAAAUGUGCUCACCAAUGAAGGAGGCAUCUUUGACAGAUAUUUCUCCAUCACGGGCGAAGGGGCUGAACAGGCCAUGUCAUUCUACUAUGCUUCUGGAGCAGGUGCGUUCCAAGCGAACUACUUUAUCAACAACCUUGAGAGUCGAGGUUUAAUCAAUUGCACAUAUGGCCCGGCAUUAAAAAGCAAUCCCUUUUUCCAAGAUGCCAGCCAAAUAGUCCUUGGGCUGCGCAGAUUCGUCACAUCCCUUGUCUACUCUUACUAUAAGAGCGAUGACAUUGUCACAUUCGAUUAUGAGUUGCAAGACUGGGUGCAUGAAGCUACAGCCUCAGCUCAAGUGAUAGACUUUCCACAAGGGCGUCUAACCAAGCGCGAGACACUCAUAGACAUGCUCUGCCACUUUGCAUUUCUUACAGUAGUCCACAAUACACUGAAUGGGGCAUCUCCCUUCAGUGUGUCGUCGACUUUACCAUAUCACCCGGUAGCCCUCCAUGCUCCUCUACCGGCGACAAAGGGUGUAGAGAAUAUCCUUCCAUGGCUACCUAGCAAGACGGCUGCGGUUAAUGAGAUUGCAGUGUUUGCAAAGAUGAACAAACCAUUUGCAAGCUUGGAGAACAAGACAUUCAUCCAUACCCUUCAUGAGGAUGCUUUUCUUGGUCGUCUAAAUGAAGAAAGCAGAGCCGCGGAACAAGCUCUGUGGGAAGAGAUGGAGGCUAUCAGCCAAAGGAUCAGAGGGAAAGGGUUUGAUAAGAACGGGCUCAGCGAAGGUAUGCCUUUUCUAUGGACGAUAUUAGAUCCUGCAACCAUGCAUGGGUGA